AUGUCCGCACCCGAGGACCCCCACACGUUGCUCUCUGCCUUCCAUCUGUUCACUGACCCUGAGAAAUUACCCACAGAACCACCCCACCCAUUCUCUACGUCUGCAGAGCAGGCUCUUGCGUCUCUUCGUGAACUUCUUAACGCUGUCGACACCGUAAACCACUCGACAAACUUAUAUCUCGCGGGUCCGUCUCUUAACUCAAAAACAGUCUCUCUCCUACGCCAGGAGGCUGCAGGCCACGAUCUGUUGCACCUCACCAGCCAACACGUCCAACAAACCAUCACCGCCGUCCGCGAACGCUCCUCCAUCCUAUACGGGACCGACGUUCCACUCUCCAAAGACGCCAUCCCCGACUGGUGCAUCUCGCGGAUAUCAGAAUGGGGUAAACAAGUCGGUAUGGAGGCCUUCCUCGAAGCCGGACGUGACGGCCGAAAAACCCUCGCUCUCGCUGGAAAGGUCCUCGUACUCGACGUGGAUUUCAUCGUUCAACCAACAGUCGACGUCGCGACUUUGAAGACAUCGUAUGCCGUCACCAGUGGAGCCUCCAAUGAUAACAGUGGAAGCGCUUUUGCCUCGCUGGAUGGAUAUUUGGUCGACAUGCUGAGGGAUUGGUUGAAGUCUGUUCAGAGCGACGACGUAUCCGGGAUUCCGACUGCAAAACUCGGUCGAAGAGUCUUGGAAAGCUUACGGUAUCUUAUGACGCUCGAACAACUCGCCUCGAAGGAAGGAGAACGGGGAAUCCGCUGGUUCAGCCAUGAACAAGAACUCGGUGACAAGCUCGAGGGGUUUGCAAAGACCGAGGCCCAAGUCGUGGCUCACGAACAUGGUCUGAAGGAGGCUCCUUUAGAUAUUCUCCUUCUCCGAGGCCAUGCCCUUCCCCUCCCCUACUUGACCUCCCCAUCCUUAUCCUUCCUGGUUCACCUUUCACCUCUCCCCUACCUUUCCCUUCUCCGAUCGACCCCGCCUUCUCCCCUUGCUCCGCCACCUACAACACUCUUAUCAUCACUGCCAUCCCUCUCUAUCCCCUUUGCUCACCUCCGAGCCUCACUACCCUCCAUUUCACAUUCCCUCCCCGGUACAACCCUCGCCACACUCCGCCUUUCCCCUCUAAUCUCCUCCACCCGUCCCAACCCAUCCACAAACGACUCCGACAUCGAACUCGAGCUUCUCGCUUCUCCAACAAGACCCACGUUCCCUCUCGCACCUGCGGCCGCAGGCUUCACGCAUUCGUUCCCCAUCCCUGAACAGGGCGGCUGGGUCUGGCUGCUUGACUUUACCGGACAGAACGAGCUGGGUGGUGUGGUGAUGAGUCAGAGUAGGAUACGCGAGGUCGAGGGCGUGGUUAAUCCGCUGAGCGAUAUGAUUGAGAAUAUGGGAGAUGGGUCGGGUGGGAUGCAUAUGAAUAUGAUGGGGUAUGGAGGAAGUCCGAGUUGGGUCGAUAUACUGCUAAACCCGGACCAGCAAGGAUACAGCCAAAAUUAUAUGAAGGUGGAGAGGUAUACUGCUACUUAUACAUCACCAACAGGUCUUCACCCGCCUCUCCAAUUGCGGCUGGAUGUCCCAGACGAGCCAGGCUUCCUUCUCGAGCAAGUACAGGUGUAUACGAUGAAAGAGGUUACGGCUAUCCUCGAGAUCGUAAAAGAACAGUGCUGGUUAAAUUCAAUGCUCGAAAGCUGCAAAUGGACGUCCGAGAGUCCCGAUGGACCCAGUCCAAUGACGGACCCCAUGGACGCUUCCACUGACAACGAGCAAAGCGCAAACGAAGAAGACGAGCUGAGAGCUCUUUUGGACGGCACCUUCACACCCUACAAGAUCCCCGUCUCCCUCUCACUCCCCACCACCCCCUCCUCUCCUCAAAUCCCCCUCGCAGAUACCCUACAAGCCUCCUCCCUCUUCAGCUCCCUACCCCGCCAUUCCUCCGCGAAUCACCCGCGUCUGACCAUGUCCUUCCCCGAACGGCCACCAAUGUCGGGCUUAAUCGACGUCGAGAUCCGGUACGAGCCGGGACGGAAGAGGGGGGUGGGGGUAGAUGUUAGGGGCGCGAUGGGGGUGGAUUGGGAGGGGGAGGUGGGGGAGGAGUUGGAGGAGGCUGUGAGGAGGGGCGGGGGAUUGGGCGUGCCUGGGAGAGUUUGGGAGAGGGCGGGGAAGAUGGGAGGCCCGUGA